UGUGAACCGGUCACGCUCUCCGCUCGUUUCGACGAGGGAGAGAUCUGUUACUCUAAACACGUGUGCGUGACACGUGUUUAGAGUUACAUUUGGAUCAAAACGCGUUUAUUGCGUGCUAUUUGUAGCAUACGGCUUUUUAGUCUCAUUAUACUUUUUAGUCUCCGUGAAGCAGCGCAAUAUGGAUGAUAUAGAGACUGAGCUCAAUAUCGCAGCAGCGCGUUCGGACUCUCCGGAGGAUAAAGACAGAAAUCAGGAACAGAUUAAACAGGCCGUUCUCCUCCACCAGUCUCAGCCAGACCCCAGAGGUUUAUUCACAGCGAUCGACUUCCUCAAGUCCAACAGAAAGUGUCUGAAACUGAUCAGAGAGGCGAUGCUGCGGCAUAACUGGCAGGAGGCUGCGAGGUAUUUCAGCUCUUACAUUCAGACACUGGAGGCUGGAACUCAUCCCCAAGUGCGAUCAGCUGCGUCUGAGAUCACGUGGCGUUUAGGCACAGAAAUUCUGCGUCAUCUUCCUAAUUCCAGCCUUGAUGAUUUCAAUGCUUUUUAUGAACAGUUGAAAAACUUUGGCGUCAGAAACUACUCAAAGAUCUGUUUGGAGCAUUGCUUUCAUCUUAUGCUGAACGGCCAGAUGGAUGAAGCCAAGCGGCAGCUGUCCAUCGCAGACAGCUGGAGAUACGGCAAGCAGUCGAAUGCUCAGUCCAUGACGAAAAAGCUCAUCCGCUCCUACUGCGGUUAUCUAGAUUACUUGAUCUGGAAUGAGAAGAAGACCUCAGCACUUGGGAGCGAGGAGGAGUGCGCUAACCGUGAGAUGCACAGCUACUUCAGACAAGCCUCUGUGACCCUGAAGGAGAUCGUCAGUCAGCCUGGAGUCUGGGAUCCUUUCGUGUUGAGUUACAUUCAUGUGAGACUCUAUCUCACCUUGUGCGAAGUGACUUGUUUGGGGUUUGUUUCGACUAAAGUGACAGUUCUGUCGUCAUUUACUCCCCCUCAUGAUUUGUUUGUGCAAAGAAAGCCUUAAGGGCAAAUUGCACGAUGAGAGUAAUACAGAAGAGUCUUAUA